AUGCCGCCUCCGUUGGACGCCGACGCUGAGCGCGAGCGUCGGGGACGCGAGGUUGGACAUGUGAUCCUAGUGUGUGCUGGUUUCACGUCCGAGGCUUGGGCGAUGAACACCUUGUGGCGUGCUGCCAAAGGCAUCGAGGGCAUCCACCUCGGCUGGGGCCGCGAAGCGAGCGGGAGCGACGGCGCCCUCAUCCUCACGCAGGACCCGUUUCCUGCUGAUCCUCUGGCGGCCUGGUAUCACUGCGUGCGCGAGGCCGCGAAUCUCAGCGGUACCAUCUGCUUCGACGUGAAGAGCGGCAAAGGGCCUGUGAGGUACAACGACAUUUACGUAGUAGCGUGGCCGCAGGACAUCCACCACAUCCAUAUUGUGCCUGGGCCAUUCUGGUAUGAGGCGACUACGGUGUGGCACAACACCAAGAUGGAAGAGUGGCAGUGGAUCCUCCGUCAGUGUGCCGUUAAGAUGGAACAUGUGCCUGACGCGCUGCGGUCGCUCGUGGCAGCGUCCAAGUCUACACGCGAGACCCUCUCAGCCCUCUCAGACAAACAGCCGCGGCCUCCUCGGCAGUGGUACAAGAACCCAUCCAACAGGGUUGAAUUUGACGGGUGGAGCGUGCCACCACCACUCGACAUUACCAUAUUUACACGCCUGAGCGCUACAACUAAGAGAGUUUCUGAGGAGGCCAUCCAACGCUUGUGGACGUCUUUGGAGCAGCAACCGGGCGUCAGGCUGUGCGAGAACCCGGUCAAGCCUCUGAUCGCGGACUUUAUCCUCCUCCACACCAAUAAGCAGAGCGGUAGACAACAACAAUACCUUAUAGAACACAAGGCCUCCACUUCGAAGCCGCAGGAUCUGAGGCGCUACAUGGAUCCCAAAUACGAUUGGCACGUGCUCAUCAGCCAGUCACCCAACCCGGCUGCUGGGGACAGCUACCAGAUCGCCUUGGCAGGAGACAAGCCACCUAAGCGACUCAUAGACGAGAGCGCCUUUGGCGUGGAGCUGGCGAAAGUGCUCGCGGAGCGCGGAAGCGGAGCCCGCACGGUCGUGCAGAAGAGGUGGAAGUCGAUCCGCCGCGAGACGAGGGCGGAGAGCCUGGGCCACCAUCGCCAGCUCGACGCGCUCGAAACGGGCCCCCUCGACGACCCGCGCGCCGUGGAUCUCGGUGGAGAAGCCGGAAGCGUGGCCGACGGAGCAGCCACGCAGGACCCGAACAGAGAGUGGCGGGUUGCCAACGACAUCGUCGAAAUCAGCACGCGCGGCCAGCUCAAUGACCAGUCGUGGUACCUGGGCCAGCAUGUCUUCCUCCCGGCCUCCGCCGCCAACUCCCACGGGACCUCCAUCCUCGUCCAGCACCAGUGGAGCGAGGACGAAAAGCUCGCCUAUCAGACCAGUCGAAUACUGCCGCAGCCUAACCUAGAUGUGGGCGUCAUACCACUCGCCUUUGGCCGUCGCCUAUAUGACAACCGGACGGGAGAGCGUCAGUACCUGAAAGCUUCUGUGCGUAGGUAUAGCUGUACCAAGAUUCGGACGGUCUACCUCUUUUUCAAUUCCGCCAGCGAGGUCAGCGCCGUCGACGCGAUGACGGUACACUGCGCUGAGCCAACGGCGGCGAGCGACUGCGCACAGUGCGAUGAGGAGCACGAGCACGUGCAAUGGGUGCGAGGCGAGUACAUAGCCCGCACGAUGGCGGCUGGGGCUGAUACCCAUCCGGAUGUCCGCGCAACGAUCGGCGAGUACCUUGGGUCCUUUACGCUAAGCAGGGGACAGCUGUGGCAGAGAUGCGUAGACUUGUUCGAGCAAGGCGAUACCUACACGGUCCAUACGCUGCGUGAGCUCCUCCAGAGCACGUGGAAGCAUGGGAUACGGCGUCCGAAGGCAGCGCACAAAGUAGCAAAACGCUGGGCACCCUGCAACGAAUGUUGGGCCGAAGAGAGACUCUGCGACGACGCCCAAGGGUCCUGCCACGAGUGCCUGCGCCGUGUGCGGGAAUGUUCACGCAAACGAUGCUGUUUCUUCGCUGACCCGAAGGCGUGUGAGAACCCCUGGUGCUCCGAAGUUCACUGCACGGAUGAGUAUGACAACGUGACUGACGUGCUGCGGGAUCCCAAGGGCGGCGAUGUGAGGAGGAAGCAGCAGCAGGUAGAGGUACUGGACCACCGUAUCCCUGUGUGUGACCACUGCUGGGAAAAUGGCUGGCAUCUGCUGUGCUCAUCAGCGAAAGUUUGCUAUAUGUGCAGCGUGUACAACAAGGGCGGCAAGUGCAUCCGCACGAGAUGCAAGGACCCUGACACGUGCAAAAUCGUGCAGUGCUACUACGCCCAUGGCACGUUCGCCGGGGCCUGCCGGCCUCACACCCCCCGCGAGGCGGUGACCGCGCCCUCGAUGCCGGCGGACUUGGGCAGUGAAGACAAGACGGCGAUUGCCAAGGAGCGAGACCAGACACUCAAGACCAUCAAGAACAAGACCUGGCCGUACUACUACUCGUGGCCGACGGGAGGGUGA